AUGACCAUUCCAUCUGUGUCUCCGAUAUUGGGAAGUCAAGAGGACUCUGAAAGAUUUGUGGACACUGAUGUAUCCCUUAAUCAAAGGUAUUUUAAUAGCCAUAUUUGACAAUUCAUGAAUUCAAAGGGUUGCAUUACUAGUGACACAAUCAUGAUAGUAACAUUGCUUUCUCAUGUCUUGAGGAAAAAGUGGGGGUGGGGUGGGGGUGGAGGGAUGAAAUAAAAAUAAAUGCCAGAAAAGCACUAGUUGAUAAAGUAAGAGCAAUAAUUAAGGUAAGGUACCUGGUAUAGGUUUUAUUCCACAACCCACAGAAAUCAGUUUCUCACAUGUACUGUCUGUAUAAUACUUAUAGUAAAACUUAUUUUUAUUAAAUACAGCUCAUCUAUUGACCUGUGUAAAGGCAAAUACAUCUAUGUUUACCGAUGACGAGGGAGAAAUUACUGAUGACAACAGUUCAGAGGAAGAUAUCAGGUAUGUUUUUAGUUCAAUGCCCUCAGAAGUUACAUUUAUUAUGGUAUAAUUAAGGUAACAUAUGAUGUUUGUUUGGGAUGUUACUCUGAUUGUAUAUCCACACUGGGCAAGCCUGAAAAAUAUGCCUGGCCACAGUGGAAAUCAAACCUACAACCUGUGGAAUACUAGCCCAAUGCUCUGCCAACUGAUCUAUGUGGUCAGGUUGGUUCGGGUAUGUCAUAUUUUGAGAUUCAAUUCCGAGUAACAUCACAAACUUUAUAUGCACCUGAGUACAUAACACCAACACAGGAAAAAUUAAUGUAACAUAUAUUUUUACAGCUUACAUGACCUUACAAAGUCAAUUCUGGAAGAAUUGAAUGCUGAACAAGAGGACAUGACAAGACAAAGUGACUCUGAGUAAGUUGUUAUAUAUGUUUAAUUUAAUCUCCAUUCAAGGAUGCUAUGUAGUAAUAGAGUAUCUGUCAUAAUUAGUGGUUUUAACUCUAAAGAUAUGUUUCUGUAUAAAUUACUGCACCACAACAAUAAUUUUUGCAGUCAUGUUAAAUCUAAAAUAUAUUUUAUUAAUAGUGUCAUGAAUGAAAUUAGUGAUGAUGAAAGUGUUGGGCUAGCGGAUGACAUUUUUGAAAUGGUGACUGAAGAAGAUGCAGAACACGAGACAGAUGACAUGAACCUGCAACAACAGUCACAUUCCACCACUGAGUGUACUGACACCUUUGGACCACAUUGCAGAUUCACCAGAGGGGAUGAGGUGUAUUCGAUGAAGAAGGAAUACAAAAUGGUAAAAGAAAAAAAUUUGUAUGCUCUCUUGAUUUACUGCUUCAGAUCUUUCAGUCGCGAUGUCAGACACCUGGAUGCACAGCUGAAAGUCAAAUCCAGUAUCACUUCAUUGGUGUUACUGUGGUUAUCAACAGUGUUUGUUCAGAGGGGCAUAAAUAUAGAUUCUGUUCUUCACCUCAAGUGAAUAAUAUUUAUGCCAACAAUCUUCAAGCAGCAACCUCACUUAUGUUCUCUGGCAAUCAAUUUUCUAAAAUUGAGCGGAUGGCAAAGUUUUUUAUCUGGAGUUCCUGUCAAGUUCCACCUACUACAGAUUUCAAAGACUAUACCUUAUUCCAGAGAUAAAUGAGUGGUGGUCUGGCAUGAGGAAAGAAAUUCUUGUAGAGUUUGCUGACAAGGAAAUUGUUGUUGGUGGUGAUGGUCAAUGUGACUCACCAGGCUUCAAUGCCAAGAAUCUUUGUUACUUCAUCAUGGAGGAAAGUACAAAUCAUAUUCUUGACGUUGAAGUUAUGGACAAGAGACACGUUGGCCUUGUAUCCACCAACAUGGAGAAGGAAGCCGUACAGCGGUGUCUAGAUCGACUCACCAAGGAAGUAAAUGUUGGUCAGUUGGUGACUGAUGCAUCCACAACUGUAAAGGCAUUGCUGGGUAAGUUGAUAUUAUAA